UCUUGAACUUCGAGAGUUAGAAAAAAAAAUAAAAUCUGCUUAUAUGAAUAAAGAGCGAGCUGCCCAGAUCGCUGAAAAAGAAGCUAUACAGUGUGAGAAAAUGAAACGUGAGGCUGAAAUAGCCCAAAAUAUGCAGGAAGAGUACGAGAGGAGACUAAAAGAAGAACGUUCCGCAGAACUGAAGCGAAACAAGGAGAAAAUCAUGUAUCAGCAAGAACUGGAGAAACAGCUGGAGGAAAAAGAAGGGAAGAAGCAGGAUGCCUACGAAGAGUUUCUAAGAGAGAAACUCAUGAUUGAUGAAAUUGUAAGAAAGAUCUAUGAGGAAGACCAAAUGGAAAACCAACUGAAAUUAGAUAAAAUGAGAGCAACUCAGAUACAUAUUGAAGAAUUUAGAAAAGAACAAGCUAUCUGGAGGAGAAGGAAACAGGAAGAGAUGGAAGAAGAAAAUAGGAAAAUUGCGGAGUUUGCCAACAUCCAGCGACAAAGAGAAGAAGAUCGGAUGGCUAAAGUUCGAGACACUGAGGAGAAAAAACAAAGACUUCAAAGCAUGCUCGCCCAGAAUCUGGAAACAGAACAACAGAAGCGUGAAGAACUGGAACAAAUACGACAAGAGCUGUACCUGGAAGAACAAGCAGAGACAGAAAGGAAGAAGGAGAUGGCAGAAAUUGAAAAGAGAAUAAGGCAACGUCUAGAAUUAAGGCAAACGUACGAAGAACAAUUUGCUUUAAAAAAGAUAGCGCGACAAGCUGUGCGAGAAGAGGAAGAAGCCUUCAGACAACAGAUGUUGGCCAAGUUUGCAGAGGAUGAUCAUAUUGAACAGAUGAAUGCUCAAAAACAAAGAAUGAAACAGCUUGAACACAGAAGGGCUGUGGAAAAACUUAUUGAAGACCGUCGCAAACAACUUAUUGCAGAUAAAGAGCGUGAACUUGAAGAAAGACAGUUAGAGGAGAGAAGAGAAGAAAACAUGCGUGUGAUUGUUGAAGAAGAGAGACAGAAACUCCUGAAAGAGCAUGCGUCUAAAUUACUGGGUUACCUUCCUCGAGGAGUACUCAAAGAUGAAGAUGACAUUCAGAUGCUUGGAGAGGACUUUAAAUUGGCUUAUCAGAAGAGAGGAGGUAAUGCAUUUUCAGAAGAGCGCUGAAAUUCCCCCGUCGCCUCCUGGUUUGCCACUAGGUGUCAUCUGAUUUCUAACAAAAAUUUCCAUUUGCUGUUACCAGUGAGGAACUCCUUUUUAAUAUCGUUUAAAGUUUCCAUUUUAAGCCUGGAGUUCUAAACUGAUGA